AUGUUAGAUAAUAAUCAUGGUCAUAUUGUAACAAUUGUCAGUGGUGCUGGGUUAACAGGUGCAUCUGGUCUUGUUGAUUAUUGUUCAUCAAAAUUUGCUGCUGUUGGUUUACAUGAAGCUUUAACACUGAAGAAGACUGAUAUAAAAACAACAGUUGUUUGUCCAAGUUUUAUUGAUACCGGUAUUGUUUUAUUGCCUAUGUUAAAACCUGAUGAUGUUUGUGAUCAAAUUAUUGAAACUAUAAGAAAAGAUCAACAUAUGUUAUUGAUACCAAAAGUCUUAGGAUUUGGAUUGUUAUUAAAAAGUGAAUUUCUAUUAUUAUUUGACAUUAGUAUUUCAUCAACAGCAGCUCAAAUUGAAGCACAAGGGAUGACUGGUCUGCAGCAUUCUAUGGAUACAUUUGUUGAACGUCAUUGA